CUCUCUCUCUCUCUCUCUCUCUCUCUCUGAAUAUUGCCUUGCUUGUGACAGGGAAGAAAGAGAAACUCUGGAAAUAUCUUGAGGGUUUUUUACUGUCCUCACUGUGGGAAACAUCAGGAAGAAGACCUGAAGACCUGCUGCUGUAAAAACUUUUGUGUGAAAGGAGAAAGACCAGAAGACGUGUUUGCCUGGGCUCUGAAACUCACCUGAGAACCACACUCUGCUCAGAGAGCAUAUGAAACAUUUUGGCUCGCUGUUUUUGUGUAUUUGGAGAAAACCUUAACAUAGAUAAUUUUACUGAUAUAUAAGGAUUUAGUUAGACUAGUCAAAUAGGGUUUCUGUGAAAACUUAGUUAAUGAUAAAGAAUUUGCAAGAGUAGCUUGGGUGAAUUCUCAAGACGAAGAAAUAUUUCACUGUAAGCCAAACUUUGGUGCUUCUUUGCAUAUGCUGAAAGUGAAAGUAGGUGGUGAUGGACUAACAACAGAUGGCACUGAGCCCUCUCAUAUGCCCCAUAGAGAUGAGGAGACCUAUAGCCGGGGCUAUGAAUGGUGGUUAAUGAAGGAAGCUAAGAAGAGGAAUCCCAAUAUUACACUUAUUGGAUUGCCUUGGUCAUUUCCUGGUUGGCUAAAUCCAGGUAGAAGUGAUCCCUAUGCCAAUAUGACAAUGACUGCUUUAUAUGUUGUGUCUUGGAUAUUGGGUGCUAAAAGAAUGCAUAAUCUGGACAUCGAUUAUAUUGGGAUUUGGAAUGACAGAGAACCUGAAAAUCAGUAUAUAAAGACCCUAAGAAAGGUGCUUAAUCAAAAACAACUGAACAGAGUGAAAAUCAUAGCCAAUGAUCAGUUUUGGCAGCCCCUUUCUGCUUUCCUGCAAUUUGAUCCUGUACUCCUGGACGCCGUUGAAGUUAUUGGGGCUCAUUAUCCUGGAACAAAAAGUGAAAAUGAUUCUUUGAAGACUAACAAAAAACUCUGGUCAACUGAAGAUAGUAGCUUUUUUAAAGUUGAAGAAGUUGGAGGCUGCUGGGCUCGCAUCUUGAAUCAGAAUUAUGUGAAUGGCCAAAUGACUUCCACAAUUGCUUGGAACUUAGUGGCUAGCCAUUAUCCACGAAUACCUCCCGAGAGAGAUGGGAUGUUGACUGCUAAGGAGCCUUGGAGUGGGCAUUAUGUUGUAGAGAAUCCUAUUUGGAUUACAGCUCAUACCACUCAGUUUGCUCAACCAGGGUGGCAAUACCUGAAAACAGUUGGCCUUUUAAAAUAUGGUGGAAGCUAUGUAGCUCUUACAGAUGGCUUAGGUAACCUCACUAUUAUCAUUGAAACCAUGAGUUAUCCGAUUUCACAAUGCAAAAAGGAUCAUGCGAGUUUUUUCCAGGUGACUGAUCAAAUAAUCAUUUUCUCUCUUCAGGGAACCUUUAAAAGCUUAACAAUGCUACAGAUAUGGUAUUCCAGACUCGGGAAGCAAAGUAGGAAUUACUCAUUCGAAAAACAAAAGCCUCUACUGAUUAAUGAUGGUACCAUUACAUUAAAAUUGGGUUUGGAUGAAGUGUAUACUUUAACAACCAUCACUACAGGUCAAAAGGGCAGUCAUCCUACUCCUCCAGAAUCACGACCAUUUCCAUCUAACUAUGAAGAGAAUUUCAAUUUUGGCCAGACACGUGGUAUUAUAGCUCCACAAUUUGCAGAUCAAACAGGUGUAUUUGAAUACUUCAUGAAUGACCAGGACGCAUCAGGUCAUUUCUUCACCUUUCGCCAACAGGUCACUCAGAGACCUAUCACUUGGGCUGAUGAUGCAGAUCAGACCAUCAGUAUUAUAGGAGAUCAUAACUGGAAGGAUAUAAAAAUAACUUGUGAUGUUUACAUUGAGACACCGGUGACAGGUGGCAUAUUCAUUGCUGCAAGAGUAAAUCAGGCUGGGUCAUCCAUUCGAAGUGCCCAAGGAGUUUUCUUCUGGAUUUUGGCAAAUGGGACAUAUGAAGUUACAAGUGAUCUUGCAAGUGUGAGAGUAAUAGAGAAAGGAAUUGCUAACGUCACAGCUGAACAAUGGUACACUAUCACUCUGAUUAUUAGUGAGACUUCUGCUUAUGGCUUGCUAAAUGAUACAGUUCUCUGGAAUGCUCCAAUAAAUUCAUUUCCAAAGAAAGGUUGGGCAGCAAUUGGAACACGUAGCUUCGAGUUUGGACAGUUUGAUAACUUUCGUAUCCAGAUUUAAAAGUUAUAAUUCUUGAAACAUUCAAAUAAUGACUUCUCUCUCUAUACCUAUUUUGAGUUUAGAUUUAGAGUCAACAAAUUGAAAGAAUUUGCAUUUUCAAACUUGAUACUUUUGCAUAUCUUAUUGAUUUUUAAAAAUAUGUUCUAUUUUUAAAAUUUUAUAUUUUCCCUUUAAUUUUAGAGUAUUAUAUUGCUUCUUUUUCUUAGCACUUUUGCCCUUCAGAUCUCUCAAAGAUUUUGUUCUAAUGUUAAGGGAAUUGAGUUCUUUUAUCUGGUUUGCAAUUAGUUGUGUUGUAGUAACUAGUAAAAAGAACUUUAAAGAUUUAUUUACUAUUAUUUAACAUAUCAUGUGCUUCACAUCUCAUAGUGAAAAAAAUAAUGUCUUAAUCAAUGAGUCAUUUGUUUCUUCCAGGUACUUUUAUGCAAUGCCCAACAGAGCCUCAAGGGCAGUGUUUUUAUGAAUUACUGUAGCAUUUUAAUCCUUUCAUUGUAUAUGAACAUUUAAAAAAUGGUAAUGGAAGCAAAGGUGGGACCAUUCUAAAAUGCCUUAUUAAUAAAUAAACUCCUAAACUUUCUUCAGUCAAUAAUAAAGAAAUGAAUGGAUAA